AUGCCGACUGGAAAUCGUCGUUUACCUCGUACUCUACGUAGUAGUAUCCCAUCGAUGAUGUCAGGCUUUGGGAGCGAUAUGUCACACAGCAGGUAUGCCAUGUUGGGGGGAGGAGUACCAACACUUCCAAUAUUGGAGCAAGCAGCGGCCCCUAAACACUUCCCGUUUCCGAAUACACCAGUCGAUGAUGAUUUAUUUUUCGAAUUUUUAAUGUUUAUGUUUAGUGCGAUUUGUGCAGGGUUGCAGUUUUUGCACUUGUAUAGGACGGUGUGGUGGUUGCCCCAUUCAUACAAUCGCCAGGCUAUGAAUUUUUACUUAAUUGAUCUCAAUUUAGUUGCAUUUAUUGUAAUUUUAUUGUCGCGACGGUUAAUUUAUAUUGUGGGGUGUAGAAUCCUUGAGAGGUCUGUGCCAGCGAAAUAUUUGUACCUAUCCUAUACGUGUUAUCGGAUUAUCUUGUUUGCUAUACUUUUUACUCUCCUCUCAUGUUGUGCUUACUUCGUGAUCCAGAAUCACCCAAUUGUGAAUAUUUUGUAUUUAUGUUACCCAAUUCUUGUGUAUUUGAUAUUAUUUGGUUGCAAAGUUACGGCAUUUUUUGAAUUGGUGACUUGGAACUCGUCCUCAAUUCCGCCAUUGCAUGCUUGUCGUUCAAAUGCUUCCGAAGUUCGUGAAGAAGUCGAAAAUCUCAAAACAAAUUUUAACAAUCGGAUGAAACAGAUUCUUUUCAGUUCAGUCGUCAAUGCUUACUAUACUGGUUUUAUUCCUUCUUGUUUUGCUCAGAAUCACCUUCAUUACGAUGUUUAUUGGGCUACUCAACACGUAAUUUUUAUUUUUUUGAGUAGUUUCGUGGCUUACGCCACCCAUAUUUUGUCCUUACGUUACUGCGAUAUUUUGCAUCGAUCAGCACUACAUUUGGGCAUUUGGGACAAACUAGAGACCCGAAAUAUGUUACUGGUGAACAAUAACUGGAAUGAGGAGACUUUGUGGCCUUAUGGGGCCUUAGUCAAACACGGGAGGGACUUGUAUAGAGCACAAGGGGAGUGCAAUGCUAGCGAACCGGGAAAUACGACAUAUUCAAGGUUUUAUCUCAUGUUUAAAAAUCCCAGUUGUUCGUUGAGUAUUUUGUUAUCGGUUCAUGUGGCCAUGGUUUUGCUUCAGUUGGUAUUACUGGUGCGCAGUAUCGUCUGGUACAAUAUUAUUUCGAUCACUUUUAUCCUAUUUUUUAAUUAUUACGUUUUGUAUAAAGUAGGACGUGAUUAUCUUGUCAGUUCGAAAAUGUAUGAAGAAGAACGAGCGAUGCACAAUAAACUUAAUUUGCACUAA